AUGGCAGCAGAGGUGGCGCCGCUGCCAAUUGUGCGCUCGGCGCCAGGUCCGGCACCGCAAACGGCCGAUACCACCUACUGGAAGGCAUUCAAGAAUCAGCUUUUGCUUCCUUCACCUCACAAUGCCGCCGUUACAUCGAUCACGCUGCCAGAUGCAAAUCCUACUGGUCCACAAGCCGACGCUUUCGCCAUCACGAGUGGUAGUCGCGUGCAGACAUACAGCACCAAGACACGCAAACUGCUCAAGACCAUCAGCCGAUUCGGUGUCGAUGAUACCGCUCGAUCAGGUGUCCUGCGGCGGGAUGGUCGCAUUCUACUUGCUGGUGGAGACAGUGGUACGAUUCAGGCAUUUGAUACAGGUUCAAGAGCUAUUUUGAAACAGUGGAAUGGCGCGCAUGCACACAAGCUGCCAGUGCAUGUCGUGAGAUGGAGCCCGAGCGUUCUUACAGACCUGAUGAGCUGCAGUGACGACCGCACUGUGCGCGUCUGGGAUUUGACGGAAGAUGUUGCCAGGUGGACAGGCAUUGGACAUGAAGACUAUGUGCGUUGCGGAGCGUACUUGCCUGGUCAAGGUGGUAAUGUGGUAGUCAGCGGCAGCUACGACCAGACUGUGCGCAUUUGGGAUACUCGGCAGGGCCGCACGGGAAACAUGGCCAGCCUGACAUUCAAAUUGCCCGCGCCGAUCGAAGACUUGCUCCCAUUGAGUAGCUCGAGCAUUGCCACGGCUGCCGGCAAUGAGGUAUCUAUUGUCAACCUGGUCGCUGGAAAGGCUGAAAAUGUCAUCAGGUCGCACCAGAAGACCGUCACUGCUUUGUCGACGGCUCAGAAUGGCGCUCGCAUCCUCACUGCCGGCCUCGAUGGACAUGUCAAGAUUCAUGACACGGUCAGCUGGGAAGUUGUUGCCGCCUUCAAAUAUCCGUCGCCUAUUUUGAGCUUGGCUGUCAUUUCCGCCGCUUCAGCAAACCACGCUGCACGUGACGAUCGCCACCUUGCCGUUGGCCUUCAAAAUGGUCUGCUCUCGCUCCGAACCCGCCUAGCUGGCACCGAGAAGGUAAAAGCUCGCGAACGCGAAAAGAAAAUGGAAGCCUUGGUGGCUGGAACAGCAGACGAGUACGAGCGCAAGCAGAAAAAGAAGGACAUGCGUCAAGGCAUCCGGGCACGCGAUCGAGGCAAGGACUACAAAGGUGAAGGUGCUGACAUUGUCAUUACUGGCAACGACAGACCACGGCAUAAGAAGCUCGUGCCCUGGCAACGAAGCCUGCGACAAGGGAAGUACGCCGAGGCUGUGGACCAGGUCCUGCCUCCUGGAAAUUGGGAGCAGUUCAAUCGUAAUGAUUUGAUCACCCUCCUGGUCACGUUGCGCCACCGCAGUGCUUCUCGCGCUGCGCUAUCCGGACGAACACCCGACCGACUUCUGCCCAUGCUGGGCUUCAUUCACAAAUACAUCCAGCACCCGGCGCAUGUGAGCGUCCUUUAUGACGUGCUCUUAUUGCUACUAGACCUCUACAGUCAUAAAUUCGGUGAUUGGCAGAGCAGCGAUGAUGACGAUGAGAAGGCCGUGGUGACUCUCGUGCAUCAGAUCAAGGGUCGUGUCAGGCAGGCCGCAGACUGGGCAAGCGCUUCGCACAGGACUCUGGGUAUGAUCGAACUUCUCGAAUCUGGAUGAACGGCAUCACGCAGAAAAUCUCUUAGAUCAUGCCAUCUCACUGCACAUCACCAAAAUGGCGUAAGGCCGUGGGAACUGCGGCCCGCAAGGCCAGAGGGAGACCUCAACUAGCGAGCAAUUGCAGGUCGCGUUCUCACAACAUCGCGAGGCUGCUCAGAUAAUGCACAGGCCUGUCAUAGCCAUUGAGAUGCUGGCAAACACCGCUUUGCUAGUCCGACGAAAGUCCUUAGUCACCGCGUUGAUUUGCCGAAGCGCCCACUUGGCUUCCAAGAUGGCGGAUGUUCCGCAGCAUGGCCCAGGAUGCUGGAGAAACAGCUUCAGCGUAGAAAUCUGCAACAACGGCCUCAAAUAGCAUUUUAUUAUCCACUCGGGGCACGUCUUGCGCGUGGAAUGAGGUCGUG